UUGGCUCAAUCGUGUAUUGGAACGCGCAGUGAACACAUCGAACAGGAAAGAACAAAGCCUCCAGAUAAUCCAGAGAUGUCGCUACGCAAGAAAGAGGACUAUAUACCCAUCAAGUGCGAGGGCUGGGACGGCAAGUUCGUCUAUCAGGAUGGAGCCGUGAACAAUGUGUCCAAGGUCCGGCGCCACAAUCAGAAUGUGACCAACACCAACAACUUCUACGGCUGCAGCUCGGAGCCCACUGUGCUGCCCACCGCCUGGGAUGGCACCUUCGUGAAAAGCGGCGAAUCGCGCAUCAAGCCCGAACGCAAUCGGUCGGACGAUCAGGACUAUUACGAUUACAACUCGGAUCCGACCGUGCUGCCACCGACAUGGAGCGGCGAGUUUGUCACCGAUCCCAACGAUGUGCGCAUUAAGCCAGAGAGAAACUUCUCCGAUGCCCGGGACUAUGCCGAGGCGAGUCGCUUCAAGCUGGUUCAGCACUGACAGAGAUAUAUCCUAUCCCUAUCCCUAUCCCGAUCUUCUACUACAUUUCGUGAGCAAUCAAACUAACUCUGCAAUCAGUAUACGUAUUCCCCAAUUUGUUUAGUUCGGUUUUGCAUUGUACCCUAACCUAAGCGUUCGUUCGUUGUAUUUUUAUUUUUAUAGAUAUUUAUUCGUACACCUAAUAAACAAAGCAACACAAAACACAA